AUGAAUGGAUAUAAUAAAAAUCGUUUCUGGAGAUAUACUAAUCAAAAGUUUAUCUUGUCGGUUGAAGCACGAGAUUGGAUUGAGACCACUGUUAGAGAGGCAUGGAGAAGAUAUAAGCACAAAAUUAAGAAGAAUCAUUUUUUGAAGUAUUCCAACAUGACCGAGAGACUCAAAAAUCGUCCGCCAAACGUGCCAAUAGCCCAGUUUAAGAGUCUUUGUGCUUAUUGGAGUAAGGAAACUAUACAAGAAAUCAGUGAAAAUAACACUAGAAAUAGAGCUCAACUAAAGUGGAUGCAUCGAAUGGGUCCCAAAAACUUUGCUUUGACUCGUGAAAAAGUGCGUGAAAAGGAAAAAAGAGAGCCCACUCAAUCAGAAAUGUUUGUUGAAACUCGAAAAGGAAAUAAAGGAAAGGAACUGGAUGUAGAAACUGGAAAAGUAAUUUCCCAACUUCAAGAAAUGGUUGAAAAGGAGGAAAGUGAUACAAAAGCUUUUAAAGUUGUUUUUGGAAAGGAGUGUCCAGGCAGGGUAUGUUGUUAUGGGAGAAACAUAACUAAAACUUCCUUAAAGAGAAAGGUAGAGAUUAAUGCUUUGAAACAAGCCCACAGUGAAGAGGUCUCUACAUUAAGGGACGAGUUUCAAGAUAAGAUUGAUAGAUUGCAAAAUGAUUUUAAGACCGUAAUACAACAAUGCAACCCUCAAAUUAAUAUAGAGUCAAUUGAAGAUUUGUUAGGAUUAUCUCAUGGAGAUGCUAAUAGUUCCCCAAAGGAUAUAAGACCGCAAAUGCAUUCAUCUACAUCAACGCAUGCUCCAUGUCAUGGAAAGCAAUGUAUCAAUGAAGAUGUUGAAAAGGGCGAUAUAAAUGAUGAAAUUCAAGAGGACGACAUAAAUGAUAAAAUUCAAGAGGACGACCUGAAUGAUAAAAUUCAAGAGGACGAGGUAGAUGACGAAUUUCAAGAGGACGACAUAGAUCUAGAUGAUGAAUUUCAAGAGGACGAUAUAGAUGGUGAAUUUCAAGAGGACAACGAAGAUGAAAAAUUUAUGGAGGAUAACAUAUCUAACGAAUUUCAAGAGGACGAUCUGGAUGAUUUACUCCUAGAAGACAAACUUGAGUGA